CAUUUGCUCAACAACACGCUCGCUCGCGUGCGCGACUCUACUAGCUAGACGGGAACGCAAAAUCCGAACAGCUUCUCAAAGGCUCCCGUGGUUUGUAGCCGUCACCGCACUGCCCUCUGUCUCUUUUACACUCACGCGUCCCUUGUACUGGGCGGAACUUGAGCGGAUAGCGCCGCACUGGCUGGGCUCGUUGGACCGCUACCGUCGGUAUCCUACUGGCCGAACACCACUAUGAAAGGCUUCUGCCCCCAAGAAUUUACGAGGUGGCUGGCGGAUCUCAGCAAGCGAAAACCACCCCCGGCUGUUCCGAUUAUUGGGUCCCCACCGUCAGACUUGCUAGAAGCGCAGAAUUCCUACCGCUGGCUUGUGAUGGUGGGAUUGCGGCAUAAAAUCCUUUGAGAUGAGCAUGAAACAGUAGCAGUAGGGUGGUUUUACUGUACUGAAACAUCCGGUUGCCUAUACCCCCCCUCCAAUUAACUACAGCUACAAUCCCUAAUCCUGGCCUAGGUUCUGUAUGAAAAAGAAAGACAAAAAAAGCACUUCACGGCCACUGGCAAAAAAAUGGAAAACCUCUGCUCCCGUAGUGAGUCAAUUCGAGAGAUGCGAAUCGAGAUCGGAGAACUACGGAAUGGCCCCGCAAGGUCGGCGAGGGAUGAGAGGUACAGGAGGUGUAGAUCGAGGGUGGAAUAACCGCUUCUUGUGGUGGUAGUAGUGGUGGCAUACCCAAUCAAGCAACAGUAGCAACAAGGAGCAGGACAGUUGGGCAUCAUGGAAGUUCACAGGAGUCCAGGGCCGCGGAGGAAUUUGUGGCCAGAGCCGAGUCCAGGUGAUAUGGGAGGGACAGGAGUUGAAGGGGCGGAAGCCGCAGUCGUCUCACACAGUGGAGAUGAUUUCUUGAUAGUUGUUGGGGGAUGAUGUGGUUGGACGGGUGAAAAUGUUGUAGCGUGACCAAAGGAAGUGAGCUGGGGAUUCAAUCGUCAGAAGUUGAUU